AUGGCACUGCACAUGGCUCUUGUCAUGUUGAGUCUCCUGCUGCUGUUGGAAGCUCAGAACCCAGAACUUGCCAACAUCACCAUAGGUGACCCUAUUAUCAACAAUGAGACCCUGAGCUGGCUCUCUGACAAAUGGUUUCUCAUUGGUGCGGCUUCCCAAAAUCCUGAGCUCCAGCAGCAGUCAAUUCAAGAGAAGCUGACAGUAUUUCUUUACCUUACCCCCAAUUUGAUAAAAGACAAGAUGGAGAUUCAGGAGUAUCAGACCUUAGGUGACCAGUGUGAAUAUUACACCAACCAUCUGGGAUUCCAGAAAGAGAAUGGUGCCCUCUCCCUGUAUGAAGGAGGAAAAAGCUUUGCUCACCUGAUAGUGCUGAAGAAACAUGGGGCCAUCAUCCUUGCCUUCAACCUGAAGGAUGAGAAGAAAAGGGUGCUGACUCUCUGGGCUAAAAAGCCAGAUAUCACCCUGGAGCUGCGGGAAGUAUUCCAGAAGGCUGUCAAACACGUGGGCAUGGAUGAAUCAGAAAUCAUAUUUGUCGACAGGAAAAAGGAUAGGUGCGGUCAGCAGGAGAAGAAGCAGCUUGAGUUGGGGAAGGAGACCAAGAAAGAUCCUGAGGAAGGCCAGGCAUGAACUCAGCUCUGAACUCCGUGGGCUGUCCCCAGG